CAAUAAAUGUAGAGUUUUCUGGAAAGAGUGCUUAUUUUGUACAACUGGUGUAACUGACUUGGUAGCUGGCUCUCCUUCGACUGGUAUUCUAGUUUGGUUACUCACAAUAUCAUCAAUAAGAUGAAGGCGUUUAUUGCGAUGUGUGUGGCGGUUGCUCUAGUGGCAUGCAUAGAAGCUCGGCCUCUAGGUAACCAGCAGCGGCAACGGCAGCAAUGGAAUCCUCAACAGGAGGAAGGUGAACAACAAUUGGAGGAGCAGGGAGACGCACUAGAGCGACAACAAGAAAUGCAAGAGCAGGAGCAGGAGCAAUAUGAGCAACAGGACCAACCGGAGCAACAAGAACAACAAGAGCAAGGAGAACAACCCGAGCAACAAGAACAGCCGGAGCAAGGAGAACAACCCGAGCAAGCUGAGGCCAGUGAUGGACAGUGGUUUAGCAAUUGGUACAACCAGCAGUGGUACAACCAGCAGUGGUACCAGAGCCAACAGCAACAGUGGCCAAACUACAACCAGCAGAGACCCAACAUGCAGCGUCAGAGACCUGACUCCAACCAGGAAGCAAUGGAACUGCAGGAAGAGAUGGAUCAACAAGAAGCAAUGGACCUCCAGGAACCACAGGCUCAGACUGCUGCAGGAGGUAACACCUCUGAAGAGUCGAACGAGGAUGGUGAUGGCUCCUUACCAAGUACCUCUCAACUCAGUGCUGGACCUUUUAGCUCUAUCUAGACUGAACCUAUCACGGUUCGAGAUAAAUGAAAUGUUUAGGACCUCAGAGUAACCGAUAUCUUUGGUAAAGAAUAUCAAGGAAAAUAAAAUCACAAUGAGGUUUCUUUUAGUUGUGUGACAAAAAAAACAUAUUCCCUCCUUAAAUUUACAAUUUGCCAAAUGAAUGAGCCAGAAUCUGGCAUUAAAAAACACCUUUGUUCAAUAGUCUCAGUCACAAUCAAGAACCAAAUGAGCAAAUUUGGGAGUGACAAAUGUUGCCAUCUCUUAGCAAUAAAAAGUGACCGAUGUAUCUAUAAAAAUGUGAAGUUCGAUAGAAGAUUGUAUGAAAUAUUAUGCAAAAAUAAUGAACCGCUGUUAGAAAAUAUGUAAUAAAUUUUUUCCUUCAAAUC